UGAGAGAGCAGGGCGGUCGUUCGUCGUUCGGUCGUUCGUUCGUAUAUACGUACGUUCGUUCGUUCGUUCGUACGUACGUUCGUUCGUUCGUUCAGACGUCAAUCCUUUUUCGCGAACACGUUUCGAAGGAUCGAUCCUGUGCGUUUGAUUAAUUGAAGGAUUUCUUAUAAUCUUCGAUCAUCCAUCGAACGAGUCAUCAAAAAAGAACGUUCGCCGGUUCUUUCGAAGAAAAAUUGCACGUACGUCACAACUAGAGAGAAAAAAAAAAGAAAGGGCUUUUUUUCUGCAAGACAACAGACAGGAUCGAGGGACGAGCAAUAUAUCGGAGACAGGACCAAAGACGCAGAAAUUAAGCCUGGUAUGAUAAAUGGUGGCGACCAGCAGUAUGGUGUAUGAGGAGAUAGUCGGAAUAAGGGGCAGCUGACCUCAGCCGCCGCGCACGCUCUUUACGCGCGAGAUGCCCCACAAUCUGAACUCGGCUUCCGCCAACUCCGCCAACACGGGACCGAAUCAUCAGGCUUAUCCUCACCAGCCUUAUCACCGAAAUGGAGAUGGACUUCAGCCAGAGAAAGAGCCGGUUGAAUUCGACACGUCGCAUCUACGCGGUGCACCUGCCGAAGUGGAGGCAUUGGUACACAAUAUCAAAGACGUUGCACAACAAUUUCUUUAUCACUGGAAAACGUUUCCCAUUGUCUUACCACCUCCACUUUCGACGGGUACGGAAGGCGAGGACACGCUCGCACGAAAGAAACAUCACUUGAAGGAUCUUUUCGUAGCACCGAGUUUCGAUGAAUUGGAUGCUGUUGCAGUUGAUAGCAAAGGAGAACCUCGAAGACUCACUAAUAAACAAUUAGAAAGCAUCAGAGAAAGAGGCUUGCACAAGGAUAAAUACGGAAAGCCGAAGAAGCUGAAUGCCACUCAGUUGGAGAGCAUUCGAAAAUGCGGGGAAUUUGAAGUGGAUUCAAUCAAUUUUGCUGGCCAGAUACAUCGAUGGCGAUUAAGUGCUCUUCUUCAACGUGGAAGAGAUAGAAGACGUGAAGCAUUACUCAGAGAUCUUGCCUUAGCUACUAGAUUUCUUGUAGUAACAGCAAAAGCUAGAUUAAUAUCCCAUUGCUUCAGUGUUUCGCAAUCUUUUAAAGCAUUCUUAACAGGAUUUUUACGUCUUCUCGAUAUAAUAAUAGGUGUGCCAUCUCUGCAAGCACAUAAUUUAGAUGCCAAAAUUAGAGAAGAACGUUGUCGAUAUUUAGUUGCAGAAUUAGUAUGCAGACCAGAGUAUGAAGAUUCGUUGGAACUACUUUGUGGAUUUGUAAGGAAGCAACUACGUCGAGCAACAAUGGAAAAAUUUGAGGUAGAACGCGAAUCAUCUCAGCUAUUACCUGUUCCAAUUCCUUUUGUGUUUGGUACACCUGGUGGAGCUGCCGUUGAUCUGAGAUUAUUUAGCAGAGACAUUAUCAGAAAGGCUUUACCAAUACUAGUCUCGAUUUUAGAGAGAGAAACUCGUGGCUGGUUUCUUCAUUUUAGGGAAAGACUGAUAUCAGAAUUAAGAGCACAGAAAAAGCCAGACGAGGAAAUCGAAAGAGAAGUUAAUGAAGCGGUAAUGAGAGAAUAUUUACAAAGAGUAUAUACCAACAUCUUGUCGCAUCCGGAUAUACUUGCACUCGGUGAAGGUAUUGCACAACUUCUAGUCCAACAAGCGCAAUCGGUCGUAUUGAUGCAUAGAGCGAUUGAAAAUGUACAACGAAAGUUGUUGCAAACGAAGGACUCUUUAAAACGACGCAUAGAACUAGAACAUCCAGUUUUAUCACGAAUACAACCAUGGAUGCGAGAUCGUAUGAGAGAAGCUGAAGAAAAUUUUAUAGAGGAAUGCGAAUGGUGUGCACACGAGGAAGCUCUUACAUUAUGCAGUCAUCAAAAUUUACAACAAACUUGUUAUUUUCUCAACCGCGAUUUAGUUUUUAUGAAAGAGAGAGAACCAGUUUUAUUGAAAGAAUUACGCAAAGUUAAGACACCUACCAGGAGCUUCCAAUGGCCGACACAAAUAUGGCUUCCAAAAAAUUGGAUAAUAAGACGAAAUUUUCAAGGUCAAUCUGAAAUCAUUCCAACAGUAUUAAGCAACACACCAACGUCCAUUACAACACCACGGGCAGAUCCAAGUCAACCUGUUUUCUUAGUUGAAAGAGAAAUUGUACGUACAACGACGACUAGGUGGCCAAUGUGGCGUUGGAUAAAUUACAUAGCAAGAACAUGGUGUUGGACAUGGAAUGCGAUGUUUCUCUUGGGAGUAGCAGUUCCAUGGUACAGUCCAGUAUCUAUCCGUGCUUUGUUACUUGUGCAACCAUUUACUCCUGAUUUAGAAUUAAGCCAACUCAAUGGCACAUUAUUUCCACGAAAAUCUUCACAAAUGCCUACUCUCUGUUCUCGAUUAGUAGCAUUGUGGAGGCAUAUCAGUAAAAGUCGAACUCAUUUUGAAACAGAACCUGAUACAGGAUUUAUUGGCAAGGGAAUGACGAGACAUUUAAAUAGGCUAUGGAAUUAUGGUGCCAAAGGCCUUUUAGGAACGCUUGUUAUAUUAUUUGUUUUUCCUGUCGUAUGUAUACUUGCAAGUUUUGGAUCUCUGCUUAUUGCACUCACUGCAAUCAUGUGGAUGCCUUUAAUUACCUUAACGUUACAUGCAUUCAUGGCACUUAUAAUGGAUUUAGAUAGUCCAGAACCAAGUCGCAAUCGCUAUUUAGUUGUAAUGGAAGCGUUGCUUUGGAAUAUUGGUAUACAAGGAUGUUUGCAACCAAUAGCAGCUUUAAUUGUAGCUCUCUUUGUAUGCCCUAUCAUCUCUUUUGUGAUACUUACUGUCGCUGUAAUACGUUAUUGCAUUAGAGUGGUAUGGGAUACAGCCAUGUUUCAUUUGGUAAUCAAAAAUAGAGGACGAAUUCCUGCUAGUGAUAGUUUUGUUGUCAAAAGAAUAGCAGGGCCGGGAUUAGCAUCAGAUUAUUAUUAUCAAAUAAGACCGGAACAAGCAUUGGCUGCGUUUGAAGCUAAAUUAGAGCUGGAUGAAUUAUUAGCUUUUCAACAAGAGACAGAAAGAUUAAUAACUCAACCGCAGAGAGACUUUAGCCAAUUCGUAGAAGCUUGCUUCGGUCCGUUUGCAGCUGGUCUUGCAAAAAUAAAAGAUCCGUACAAGUCCCUUGAGAAAGAAGCUAGAGAUCUUAUCGCUGUCCUGCAUGAAAAAUUAGAACGACGAAGGAAAAACUUACAAACUGGACUCGGCGUGGCUGUAAGAAGUAAAAUAAAACUUACAACGUUUGAUUUGAAGGUAGUUAUACAACAAGGUGCACUAAUGUUAGAACGACUUUAUCCAUUACACGUUUUUGCUCGUUUGCCGGGAAACGAAGAAGACUUUUGGGAAACUAAAGGAUUGGGUGUUGCUGAUUGGGCAGGUUUAGCAGGACUUAUGUAUGCUGACAUUUUCAGUUUGGAUUUUCUUCAACCUCUCGAUGACUCUGAUACAAAAUUCAGAUUAGAACCACAUCCGGGUGUUGAUUUGUCACGAUACACCGAUAUGGUUCAUAGCACAGAGUUAGGUGGUAUUAACGGGCCUGAUUUAUUGGGUGCGGUGUAUGCACCACGCGGAAACAUUCAAGUGCAUAGCCCAUAUCUGGAAGUUUCAGCAUUUAAUCCACGAGCUAAGCAAGCCAGUAAUAGCAAGAAAUCUGAUAAACGAUGCGACACCAACGGUUUAUUAACGUCUACUAAAGUCAGAAGGCGUACAGUUUCAGCGAAUGGUAGUAUAGAAGGACGAUGGCAACCAUGGAAACGUCAAAUUCGACCAUAUAGUGCUGAGAAAUUAGUAAUUCCACUUCCUAUUCCACAUCCGGCACAUAUAGCAAUUACCAUUCACAAUCGUGAUUCUGAAGAUCCAAUUCCGUUAGAUUCAGAGCUCUGUCAAAAUAUUUUACGAGCUAUCGAAGAAUCACCUGGUGAAAUGGCUACCGAAUGUGUAAGCCGUUAUAGAGGCGGAGGAGAUUCUAGUUUUGAUUCCGUUGCAUCACAAUCUUCUGUCUCCAUUGAGACAGGUUUGGAUAAAGACAAUGAUGAAACUCAAGAGACUGCAAAUAACGAUAAGGAGGGUGAAAAUUAUCAUUGGACUCUUUCAAAUUGGGGUGGCGGUGUAACAAGAAGAAGAAAUAAUUCUGGAUCCAUUAAAGUCGAUUUAGCUUCACCGGAAGAUGUUACUCUGGAUACGGAUACUACCAGAGUUAUGUUUAGUACAUACGGAACUACCGUGUAACGUAUGUCUCUUAAUUCUACCAGGUAAUGUAUUUGCGACUUAAAAACUCUCAUUCUAUGAAAAACUAGGAGAUGUGAAUUUUAAAUUGAUCAAUUUCGCCUAAUAUUUCUAUAGAUUAUAUCGAUGAUAAUUACAAACAAAACAAUUUGAAUGACAGAUUACUCUGCUACCGUUACUCUAGAAUUGAAUUUUAUUAUCGGUUUUCUUCGCAUAUUCUUAUUCUGACCAUGAAUAUAAUACAUAUACAUAUAUAUAUAUAUAUAUAUAUAUAUAUAUAUUAUAUAUAUUUUAUAUAUACAUAUAUAUAUAUAUAUAUAUAAUCAUUUUAAAAAAUGAUUUAUGAGUAUGCACGAAUAAUAUACACGAUUAUGACAACUUCUCGAUUUAAUGCAUUGAUUAAUAAAAUGGUAAAAAUCAAAUAAAAGCAAAGUGUUAGUGACAACUUGAUGGUAAUGAUAUCUUUAAAUUAUAUAAUUAUCAAUGGUUAGCCUAUAUAAAACAAUAUAAACACCAAUCAACAAUAUAAGAAUAUCUCUGCACCGUAUUAACUUCUUCAAUUUGUUUUUCUUCAUUAAUAUUUACGUUUCUGUAUAUUUAUUUCAAGAAAUAAUUGUUGAAAAAUAAUUCAUGAAACUAAAUGCUUAUAUGCUAUGAUGUAUUCUCUAUGCCUAAUAAUACAUUCUAAACGUAUAUAAAAAUGUAUUAUAGCAUAUUUAAUGAUUUUAUAGAAUAUCUUUAUAUAAUAUUGUAUCUUUAUCUUAUCUUCAAGUUAAAUAUUUCUAAUAGUCAGCAGAGUGGUAGAUGUUUAAACCUCAUUGCAAAGUCUGGGAUGCCAUUAUAGAUUUGUAAUAAUAACAAACACAACAUAAGUGGUGAACAGAAUAAAAAAAAAAAAUGUUCACGCCGUUCUAAUACGUUAAAUUGAAUUAUCAAUGAAAAUUUAACUUGAAAUUAUAUUUAGAAAGAAUGACUCUCUCGUAUUUACAUAUUGUAUAUAGAUAGACAAUUGUAUAAAUGAACUCGUUAACGUACAUAGUUCACUAUAUGUAUUUCCUUGUUAUUUACUCUAUAUUAGAAUGAAUUCUAUUAAAUAUGUGAAAGUGUGCUCUUAUGAACAUAAUAUACUUACUUUUAGUAGUUGUUCUAUUGAUUUUGACAUAGUCUCACUUUAUAAGCCAUUCCAUUAAACUUGCUUAUUCUCAAAAAAUAUAUAAGAGUAAUGAUUUUCUUAUAUAUUAUAUAUAUAUAUAUAUAUAUAUAUAUAUAUAUAUAUAUUUGUAUACACUAUGUACUUAUAAAUGGAAUUUUUAAAAUUUUCGACAAUAUUUCAAAUUGUUGUCGUCUUAUCGACAAAACUUAUUAUUGGUGCCUCUUUAAGUGAAUUUCUGUUUAAAAUACAUAAAAAAAAAUCUACUAAACACAUUGCUAAUUAUAAUAAAAUCAACAGACAAGUAAAAUGAGUAUUCAUUUUAAUAAUAUCUAACAUUGCAUAAGCUGUGUUUAUCGAGCUAUUGAACUCACGUUUUUAGGUAGAACAAAAAAUAUAAUAAAUCUUGGUUUAAAAAAAAAAAAAAGAUAAAAGAAAAAAGGUGAGCAUAAAAUAAAUUAUUAUCAAAAUGUAAAAUUUUUAGAUGAAUAUGCUGCCCAUUUGAAAAUAUAAAGUGUAUACAAGUUUAAAAUUCUUUGAACAAUAUAUAUAUAUUAUUAAUAUUUGUAAAGGAAUAGACAAAUUUUGAAUAUUAAUACACGAAAAGAAAAUUAUCUUACAUCAUACGAGCAAAGACUUAGGAUAGUUUCUCAUCAAUUCAGUUUUUUUUCAUGUUUAAUUCCAACUUAAUCUUGAUAUUAAAAAGAAAAAAAAAAAGGGAAAAAUACAUUUAGCUAAUAUAAUUCAGAUAUAAAACGUUAUUGUCCUAUUCUGAAUGUAAGUUCAUGAGAGAUCUCUAAAUAUAAAUAUAAAAAACAUGAAAUCAUUAAUAAUUACCAUAUAACUGCCUUUUUGGAAGUCUUAUUUGUUACAAAACUACAAAUAGUUUUAGAUUUCUCAGUAAGAAAAUUCUACUUAUAUAAUAUGAAUAAUCCACGAAAAGUAUUCUGUAAUAAUCCAUCCAAAACUAAAAAAAUUUAAUGAAUUAUUAUCACACGUUGAUUUUAGUAAUAUCAAUGUUUAUUAUCAAUGUGUUAUAAAAUAUAAAAUGAUGCUUGAAGAGAUUGCAGUGGCUAGUUUUAAUCGAAAUAAUUUAAUAUACUUUUUUCUUGAGACGUAUACAUUUUUUUAACUCUUGUUACAAUAUCUCUUUAUAACUUAUUUUAAAAUAUUUAUUUUAUCCAAAUAUAUAAUUACGCAAAUUUCUUUAGAAUAAUAGGUUGAUUGAAAAGUCGUCCAAAUAUAUUUUAUCUUCAUCUUCCAUUAUUUUUAUAUCUACCAUUUUGUAUAAAAAUUAAUUUAACAAAACUAGAUACUAAGAUCUUAUUCAGUAUCGCAAAUAUUGAUAUCUGUACAGUUGCUUAAUGUCAUUCAUCCAGAUAUGUGCUUGAUAUCAAUAUAAUUUUGAAAGUCUAACAGCAAGUUAAGCAUUAUGUACAAAGAAAAAAUUUACUGAAAUCAGAUAAAGAAAAAUUGUUUCCAAUAUAUUAAACAUAAUAGCUCGAUUGAAUACACAUACUAAUAUCAAUAUACAUGCAAUGAUAAAAUGCCAAUAAUUUUUUAUUUAACAUUAAAUAGUCUUUCUGAUCAAAUUGCAUUUAAUAUAGAUGUGUCCAAGCACUUUGCACGAAUAGAAUUUUACUGUAUAAGUCCAAAUACUCCUUGAAUGAUAUUAUAAAAUAAAUUUCAUGUAUAAAUACAUAAAUAUCAGAUUGUGACGCGUGCAUAAUAUAAUAUACUCUGUAGUUUUCAAACUGGUAAUAGAAAUAUAAUAGAAAUGACUUUGUUGCUAAAUGUAAGACAACAAAUUUAUUCUUCAAUAUUGUCUUACUUUUGGUAAGAAGUUAAUCAACUUAUAAAUUUUAUUAUCAAAUUUAUUUGAUACUUGCAUACACAAUUUUUAUUUUUUCAUUUCUUAUGACAUUAGUAUGCAAGUAAAUGCAAAGUAAAACAACCAUUACCAUUUCUGUCGUGCUAAUGCAAUGCAGAAUCCAUGAAAAUAUUAAUGAAAAAUAAUAUAAACAAGAAAGCUGUAGAAAAUGAUGAUUCAAAUGAAAUGUAUGUAUUCUCAGCAGAUUGUAGUGGAUUGUAGCAAAUUAAUCAAACUCCAAAUAAGUGAAAGAAAUAUGCAUUAUUUUCUUAUAUCUCAAAAAACGUUGUAUCCUAAUCUGAUAAAUUUUUAUUAUUUUAUAUAUAUUUAUUUCUCGUUCUUUAUAUUAUAUAAAUAAAAUUAUAGAAAAAAUGCUUUCACAUGACAGUAUAAAGAUGAAAAAUGUAUAUCAAUUGAUAUACAAUGAGAUUAUUUUCUUAAUUUCUUCCGAAAAUUUAUACUUGCAUAAAAAAAAAAAAAAAACGUACACGUAUGUACUCAGUACAUACAGAAUUAAUUCAGAUCGUAAGAUCGUGACGUAUAUGACAUAAGUUAUUUAUCCAACCAUUUAACUGAUGGUCUUAAUAUUGGUAUUACAAUAUAAAAUUGUAAAGAAAUUAUAAAAUCAUAUACGUAAAAUAUAUUUACAUUGUGUAAAGUA